AUGGCGUACGACAACUCACAAGCGCAGGCCUCUACCAACUACAAGGAAGCCUUCCAGCUCUUCGACAAGCGCGGCAACGGCCGCGUCAGCGUCGACUCGCUCGGAGACCUGCUGCGUGCCUGCGGCCAGAACCCCACAAUAUCGGAGAUCAAGGACCUCGAGAAGCAGGCCGGUGGUGACUUCGAUUUCGAGACCUUCUCCAAGAUCUUGAACCGCCCCGGCGGCUUCCGCGACCCCGGCGACAUCGACGAAUAUUGCCGCGGCUUCGAAGUGUUCGACCAAAAUCGCACCGGAUUUAUCGGUGUUGGCCAGCUGCGCUACAUUCUCACGAAUCUGGGCGAGAAGAUGAGCGACGACGAGGUGGAUGAGCUCCUCAAGGCCGUCGACACCAGCUCCGGCGAGAUCGCAUACAGGGAUCUGGUCUCGACCAUCCUGGCCAACUAA